AUGGUUUCUUCAAUUGAUUUACAAGCUUUAAAAGUAUUCCUUAAUGGUCCAAUCACUCAUGAUAUGAUUCAUAAGAUUGUUGUUGCUACUUUACAAGUUAUUCCUUGUGAAGACACCAAAAGUAAAACUUAUACUGCAUCCAAUAAUACUAUUAAACAAUUACCUUCAUUAAUGACAUUUUUAACUAAAUUAGUCAAAUAUACUAAUGUUUAUACUGGAACAUUAAUGGCUACAUUAAUUUAUUUACAAAAAUUGAAAUCAAGAUUACCUAAAAAUGCUCAUGGAUUACCUUGUACUAGACAUAGAAUUUUAUUAAGUUGUUUAAUAUUAUCAUCAAAAUUUCAUAAUGAUUCUUCUCCUAAAAAUAAACAUUGGGCUAAAUAUACUGAUGGAUUAUUUAAUGUUAAAGAUAUUAAUUUAAUGGAAAGACAAUUGAUUUUCUUAUUAAAUUGGGAUUUAAAAGUUAGUAAUGAAGAAAUGUGUCAAUCUUUACAAAGCUUUUUGGAACCUAUUAAAUCUGGUCUUAUUAAACAAGAAAAAUUCCAAAAAUAUCUUCAACAAAAAAAUCAAGAAGCCAAACAAAUGGCCAAUGCAGCUGUUGCAGUAUCUAUCACUACUCCAGUCACUUUAUCCAGAUCAAGUACAACUUCAAGCACAAGUUCACUUGCUUCUUCCUCCUCAACAACUACCAGUUCUGGUCGUUCAUCGAGAUCAUCAUCAAUUUCUCCAGAUCAUUUAUCACCAAUACAUUAUAACAACAACAAUCAUUAUCGUCAAGAUUCUUCAAGUUCUAUUUCUUCCUUUGGUUCAAAUAAUUCCCCAAGUAGUGUUUAUUCAAUAAGUCCAAAACAUACUCAUCAAAAUAUUAUUACCAAGAAUAACCAUAAUAGCAACAAUAGUGCUUGUCAAAUCAUUGAUCCAAUAAUUGAAUUGACGGCACAAAAAGAAGAAUUAGAAUUAAAGAAUUUCUUAUCAAGAAAAUUAACCACCACUUCAAACACUAGUAAUACUACUACUACUACUACUACUACUAGUAAUAACAAUUAUGGAUAUGGUUAUCAUGCAGCUUAUGGUUAUAAUGUUGCUAAUAACUUUUAA